GCCGAGUUGCGAGUGCAGGGACUCUCUCGUCAGCUGGGAAACACUGAAGAUGACUUACGGUCGUUUGUGGAGUACAGACUGUUCAAAACACUUGUAGACGCACCUAACAGUCUUGAAAGCCAUGACUUGCAUACACCCCCAGCAUGGUUCUCCACUCUAUGAGAGCAAUCUUGGCAGCUCGGAGCUUCAAACCGCAGACUUCAUCUCCAGGCCGGUUGUCAAUAUGAGCAGCUCACAGGACCACCUCUCUGCUUCAUCCCUGCCAAACAUCAGCUCUCUGGUGGGCACUCAGGCGGGCGAGUUAGACGCAUAUUCAUGUCAGUUCACUGCAGCCCCUGCCCACGUCACUCCGUCGUCUGGACAGGAGACCCCCUUCAAGAUGGAUGACUUCCAGGUUUACGGCUGCUACCCUGGAGCGUUCACUCUCAGUUACCCAGACGAGGAUGUGUCCCCUGCUGGAUCAGAUUAUUUCGGCAGCCCCGCAUCAGCCUCGUCCCCUUCAACCCCCGGGUUCCAGAGUCAGCAUGCGUCCAACUGGGAUUCAGCCUUCGGGCCAUACUCACCCGGUCUAGGAUAUUGGCCGGCAGAGGAGACCGCAGUGCCACAUGCGCCCUCUUUCUUCACUUUUGGCUCAGGUUCUGUGGAGGAUAUGACUCACAUAGGUCAACAACACUUAGGAGAGCAGGAUCCUUUCUCUUUGACCCACCCUCACCCAUCAGUACUGAACUUUCCUGCCUUGGUGAUGGAGCAUGCACAUAGCCUCAAUAACACUGACCAGCUGGAUGGAAGCUUAUCACCCAAGUUAAAAAGUCCAGGCGGAAAUGAGGGCUGCUGUGCUGUGUGCGGGGACAACGCCUCCUGUCAGCAUUAUGGGGUUCGCACCUGUGAGGGAUGUAAAGGGUUUUUCAAGCGGACAGUACAAAAGAAUUCCAAGUAUGUUUGUCUUGCAAACAAGGACUGUCCUGUGGACAAGAGAAGGCGGAAUCGUUGCCAGUUCUGUCGUUUCCAGAAGUGUCUAUCUGUAGGCAUGGUGAGGGAAGUUGUGAGAACAGAUAGCCUGAAAGGACGAAGAGGCCGCUUGCCUUCCAAGCCCAAAGUCACCCAGGAUGUGACAAACACUGUGUCUCCAGUGAGCAUGAUUGCUUCACUUGUGAGGGCUCACAUCGACUCAAACCCCAGCGUUGGGAAACUGGAUUACUCCGAGUACAAAGAGAUAGAAGUCAGUCAGAACCAGAAAGAGGAUGCCAGUGACAUCAAACGAUUUUACGACUUACUCACAGCCUCCAUGGAGGUCAUCAGGAAGUGGGCAAAGAGCAUCCCAGGUUUCUCUGAGUUCUGCUCAGAAGACCAGAAACUGCUGCUGGAAUCUGCAUUUGUUGAGCUCUUCAUCUUGCGUCUUGCAUAUCGUUCCAGUCCUGAAAUAGAUAAGCUCAUCUUCUGCAAUGGAGCUGUGCUUCACAAAUCGCAAUGUGUCCGAGGCUUUGGGAACUGGAUUGACUCCAUCUUAGAGUUUUCUCAAACCCUCCAUCGCAUGAAGUUAGACGUUUCCUCCUUCUCCUGCCUCACAGCCCUGGUCAUAAUCACUGACCGACAUGGUCUUAAAGAGCCAGCACGUGUGGAAAACUUGCAGAAUCAGUUCAUCACCUGCCUUAAAGAUCACGUCUCUGGCUGCGGCUCCGACUCUUUGCGGCCCAAUUAUUUGUCCAGACUUCUUGGAAAGCUGCCUGAGCUCAGGACUCUGUGCACUCAAGGGCUCCAGCGUAUCUUUUACCUUAAAUUAGAAGAUCUCGUUCCACCACCACCAAUUGUGGACAAAAUCUUCAUGGAUACGCUUCCAUUUUGAAUGUGAGAUCGACCAUCUGUGAUAUAAAAUCUGGAGUUUAAAUGAGAGCCAAAGAGAAGACUAAUACUUCAGGCAGUAUUAAGUGAAACGGCAAGAAACUAAGAAGGACAAUAAUCCUAAGGGAUUGUGCAGCUCCAGAGGAAAAGGGCUAUUUCUGAAUUACAAAGUCAUUACAGAACUGCUCUCUUUCUAGUUUGUGUUUCCAGGAUAUUGUGUACUUUCCAGAUGGAAUUAGACAGGUCAGCUCAUGGACCAAAAGGUGACUGUUUACAUACAAGGUGCCAUGAAUGGAACCAUUUCUGAUUGAAGGAAGAUGAUUGCACUUUCCAAACAAGUUCAAACUGAAUACAAAAAAUAUCUGCGCCAUCAUUUCCCAAAUAUAACGAGCACAAUAAUUUAGCUUUUUUUGUAACAAUCUGUUGUUGUGAUUUGGAUUACUGUAAAUUGCACAUAAAAUUUAGAGUAUUAAAAAUGGUCAUCAUUAAAUGUGUGUUCAGAUUAAAUACUUGUUCAAGAACCACUUUGUCAAUCAAACACAAUUUCUAGCCCCCAAACUGAGUCCACACACUUCACCAUCCAAAGCAGUGAUAACUCAAACCUCCAGCUUGCUUUAUAUUUAAUAAAGUAGGUUAAACCUACAGAAUUAUUCAAUAGUAUCAUUCAUGUAUCAUGAAUAGACACUGAGCAGCUAAUAUACUGUCUAUCAUCUAGUAUGGUCUUAUACACUGGUCUGUAAAUUAUUCUAAACCUGCUGGUGAAAAUGUAAUUGUGUUUUGGGCCUGUUAUUUUUACAUACUAAGAAGAUAUAUUUUACUGCAGCUAAACAUGAAAUAAAGUUUUAAACUGCA